AUGGUUCGCUCGGCAUUCCAGCAAGAACAUGCCUUUGAGAAACGCAAGGCAGAAGCAGAGCGCAUCCGUCAAAAGUACCCCGACCGCAUUCCCGUCAUUUGUGAAAAGGUUGACAAGUCCGAUAUUGCCACAAUUGACAAGAAAAAGUACCUGGUUCCCGCAGAUUUGACUGUCGGCCAGUUUGUCUACGUUAUCCGCAAGCGCAUCAAGCUUUCGCCCGAGAAGGCCAUCUUCAUCUUUGUCAACGAGGUCCUACCCCCAACAGCGGCACUCAUGUCAUCCAUCUACGAGGAACAUCAGGACAAGGACGGAUUCCUCUACAUUACAUACUCUGGCGAGAACACGUUCGGUUCAUCAUUGGAGGCAUAUGAGUCUGAUUAG